AUCCCAGAGGGGAGUGGUUGCUAAGUUAGGCUGGUUGCUAGGACCAAGAGGAGGUGGUUUCUGUGGCAGGGAAAGGACCCAAGAAACCAUCUAUUCCUCACGAUGCCACCGCCGAUAAAGAAGGAGCGAGACCCUUUGGCCAUUUCAACCCACUUGUUACAGCCUUGGGAGGGAGACCAGGAGAAGCUAGCCAAGAUCCAUUUCAAAAUUUUAAAAGGACAUUCUGAAACCGUGACUUCCUGUCAUUUCUGUUUUUAUGAUACAAAAGUUCUCUCUGGCUCUUUUGACAGCACUGUGAAACUCUGGGAUACUGCCACUGCUAUCUGUAUCCAGACAUUUAAAGAUAAGCAUACUGGACCAAUUUCUGAAUGCUGCUUGAGUCCAGAUAAUAAAAGGUUGAUAACAGGAUCCUAUGAUAAAACGCUAAAGGCCUGGGAUACUGAAACAGGAAAAAUGCUUUGGUCUUUAGAGCAGGAUGGACUUAUAACGUCUUGUCAUAUUUCUCAUGAUGGUAAAUAUGUUGUCUCUGGUUCAGAUUUGGAAAAUGCUUUAUUCAUCUGUGAUGUGGAACAUGCUAAACAGGUGGCAUUCAUCAGAGAGUAUCACAGAAGUACAGUGAGAAGAUGCCGUUUUGAUCCUGACAACCAACGAAUAGCCACAGUGUCCUCUGACAUGUCUAUAAAAUUCUGGGACAUUAUAGCACAGUCUACCACAGUCACAAUAGAACGGGCACACAACAAUGCAAUUUCAGAUUGCUGCUUCUCCAUGGAUGGUCACUACUUAUGCACAGCUGGCUGGGAUGAAAAUAUAAAGUUGUGGGAUAUCCGAACUGGAGAGUUCCGUUCUCAUGGGCCUAUUACUUUGGAACAAGGUCACAUAGGUAUUGUUGGCUGCUGUGAUGUUAGUAACGAUGUGUCACUUGUGGUGUCUGGAGGUUAUGACAAAACCAUUGUUAUCUGGGAUGCACAAGAAGCAUAUAAAAAGCUAACUUUAAAGGGCCAUGGAGACUGGGUCACAGACAUUGCAAUCAGUAAUGACAAGAAGCGGCUUGUUUCUGCCUCAAAGGACUGUACUAUGAGAGUAUGGGACAUUGGAAAUAUCAAUGAGAUACCUCUGGUGAUAGAAGCCAUAAAAACAAGAGGCUCCAAGAUAGCUACGUGUGAAAAGUGUAAGAAGCCCUUCUUGAUCUUCCAGGAUGAGGAAGAACAAGUGGAAACCAAAUGUGUUUUCUGUCGGCUGGAAGCUCCGACUAAAAACGUUUUACCGGUGCCUCCGCCUUUCCCUCCCGAUUUUUAACCUCUGUUAAAGGCUUACAUGUAUUGCAAUGCGUUCGCUGCUACCUGUAUUGUGACAUGUAGAUCUGGGCCUAUUUCCCAAGAAAGGCGUUUUCAUUUAUCUUAUGUUAUUAUUAAGAAUUCAUAACAGAGAAUAUAUACCUAAUCUGGCAUGUAGCUGCUUUUAAUGUGCGUCAGUAUUAGGAUUAAUUGAUAACUAUCCUGAGCAUGACGUACAUGAGAAAGUGUUUCCAACUACUUUGUAUGUUUUCAACUGAGAUUGAUUGCACAGACCUCCAGGAAAAUAUUCUUUUGGUCAAUGAACACUAAUGCGCUGCAGUUUCUCAA